CGUUCGAUUGGUUUACGACCCUGGAGCAACCUCCUUCCAAGUUAUCUCCCAGUAAAGCUUCCAUAAGUGCCAUGCAAUAACUCCCUGCAACACCACCAGAAAGUAGAUUUUCAAAGAAACUCCAGAUAGAUCUUGCAAACGGACAGCCUAGUAGCACAUGUUCCUGUGAGGCAGAGUCCGAUUUACAAAAGGGACAACAAGAGGGAUAGGCUGCAGAGAACAUCGCCAACUGCUCCGGAAAGGUUGUAAUAAUUCAAAUGAUGAAAAUGAAUCCAUGGAGGAUGAUUUCCUAGAGGAUCAAUCUGAUGAUGAACAUUCUAUUGCGAGUGAUAGAAACAUGAAUGAUGAGUCAGGUACAAAAAAGGAAAUCGUAUUCAACGAAUAUGGGCAGCCCGUAGGUCUUGGAUCAGAGAAGUUUUCAACUGUAGUUGGAAAAAUUGUGAAGGCACAUUGUCCUCCUGCGAUCAAAUCAUGGAAUGAUUAUGAGUAUUGUGUACCAGAAGUGUAUAGGAAAAAAGUGCUAAGAAAAGCAAACAUUGCUUGGAAAAAUUGGAAAUCAUCACUUCGUAAGAAGUACGAUAAGCAUAAAACGGAUGUUGCUCGAAAAAAGAACAGGCCAAGAGGUAUGAAAAAAGAAGACUGGGAAGAUUUUAUUGAGUUCUGCUCUACGCCAGCAGACAAGGAUCGGCGUGAAAAGGGCAGAAAAUCAAGGAAAUGCAUUAAGAGACUACAUUCAUCGGGUAGGACUGGGUGUGCAAGGAUAGCUCACAAAAUGAAAAAGGAUAGUCCUACAGGGGACAUCAAUAGAACUGAAUUGUAUUUGGUCACACAUGUCAGAAAGGAUGGUUCUACCUCCAUGAGCACAAGUGAAGGGUUGGUAUGUGUUCGUGAUGGAAAGGGUUAUGUACGUGGUAUGGGUGGAGGUGUUACAAAGACGAGAUACAUGCUUCAGGUCAUUCUAGAGAAAUUGCUCGCAAGGAAAAGGAAAAACAUGAAACAGUUGACAAUGAAAUUAUAAUACUUUUAGAGAAGUAACUACAUUAAAGCAACUGGUCCAAAGUGAUGUAGCAAAAUCUCAGUAAUCACAAGAGUUGACUUCUGAUUUGUUAACUUCUCAGGUUAACUUAUGAUACUUCUCAGCUUAACUUCUGAUUUGUUCUUGACUCCUCGUGCACUUUGAACUAGCUUUUAGUUUUUGCGUGUUUUGUUUUCUAAACUUGCUAUUUGAGGAGAUGUUUUUGUUAUUCUGUACACUUGUAAUUAAUCUUCCUUAUACGAAUAAAACUUUUUUGUUAAAAACAUAAACAUUUUAAUAGAGACUGUCUACUCGUAAUAGAAAACAAAUUGAAUUUAACAUAGACUGAACUCUUUAAGAUGAACUGAUAAGAUCAACCUCUUUAAGAUGAACGGCUAAGAUCAAAGAUUUCCUUGAGAUUUUUCCGAAAGGGUUAUAAUUCUGAUGAUUCUAAAUGUUGUCUUGAUUAUCUUUCUUUUAGUUUUGCUCCUCUUGGUGAGUGAAUAUGUUUUUUUAAUUGUUGAAUGGGUAUGAAUGCACACACAUAUAUAUGAUUCAUAUUAUUGCUGUAAUAUCUUUUAUAGAUUUAUUAGUGGAUGUUACAAUGUUUGAAAGAUGUACAUGCCAUCGUGUAUUAUUUUGAGAAAAGAAGCUCAUGUAUCAUGCUUUAUAAGAUUACUUGAUUAGCCGUGUGUUUGGACAAUUUUUUUUAAUUACUUAAAUCUAUUGUAUUACUAUUUAAUGUUUGACUGAUUACAUGAGAGGGAGGUGAAUCUAGUUUAACCACAAGGGCAUGUUUUUUAAAGAAUUUAAGGAAAAAGGUUAUUGCUUAUGGGCGCUUAAAUAAGGAAGCACCACCAAAUGAAGAAGAUAUCAUUAUUGAUGAGAUCUUUGAUGAGAGUGAGUACCUAUAUGACAGAGAUGAGAAGUUUGAAGACAUAUUGGUUGGUGAACUCAUCAAAUGGCCAAAAGCAAAUGUUCAUUUCACUAGGAUCAAUUAAUGUUCCGUUACUUUUGUCCUUUGAUCUUUAGUUUGCUUGUUUUUACAUAUUAGACUACUUGAAUAUUAGUUAAAGCCUUAAAGGGUCAAAUUGGACCAUGUAUGUCAAUGACACUGGAUGUUCAAAAGAUAGUAGACAUUACUCAAUUCUAAUCUAGUGUUUUGUUGAUGAAUGAAAAA